AUGGCACAUAUUCAAGUUCUGAAGAAACUUCAUGCCUCAGAUAUAAAAGACGGAGUAAUUUACGAAAACCGGCUGUAUACUGUCGGAAGAGACCGGGUUGUGCACAUAUCCUCACUGCCUGAUUUAGAAAGUGUUGGAGGGUCAGAAAACCUUGGUGCACCUAUAAACUCUGUGUGCAUACACAAUGCAGUUUUGUAUGCGGGACUGCAGACAGGAGAGAUAGUAAGGUAUGCAAUAGAAAUGGAUGAAAACAGUGAAGAAUCUGGCAGUGCUGGGAAAAAAGAGAUUACUCUUAAGCUGCUAGGAAGAAGUAAAGUGCAUGGAGACAAUGUAUGCUCAUUAAGCAGCUUUGAUGAGGGGGUUAUUAGCACAUCCUGGGAUGGUUCAGUUGGUGUGAUUAAAGAAAAUCAAUCUCCAGAAGUAAUAAGAAUAGAAAGUGUUGCUUGGUCGGCUAAGAAAGUCCCUAAUGAAGAUACAAUUAUAGCUGGAUGUAUAGAUGGGUCUAUAUGCACGAUUAAAAAAGUAAAUGGAAGAUAUACCCAGGUUAAAGGUAUAAAACUGCAUGCUACUUGCAUUAGAGACAUCUGUAUGGAGAACGAUCGGUAUGCCACGGUAUCCAACACAGGUGUAGUUAUUGUUACAGAGCGCAAUGGCCGGGUGCUUCAUAAGAUGGAUCUAAAUAACACUAGCUUUAGAAUAAAUAAGUACACAGCAGGAAAUGCCACUGGUUACAUUGUUUCUGCAGAUGAGGGAAUGGUUUAUCUUUUAAGUGAGACUCUAGAAAGCCUUUUCAGUAUAGCUGCGCCCACUCUUUCUUGCUGGAAUGCACUGUCAGAAAAUGGCAGAAUAUUUGCACUAGGCGCUGAUGGAAGAGUAUAUGUUUUUGCCGAUAAGGAAGGCAAUCCGCAGUACCAAAAAGAGCUAGAAGAGUUACAGAAUAAGAUGGGAAGCGACAAAGUACAAGACACUGCACCGCCAGCCCAAAAACAAGCAGAGGAUGCAAAUAGCAGCCCACAGUACAAAGUAAUUGAUGAUAAAGUAUAUGAGCUAAAAGACGGGGAGUGGGAAUUAUUUGGGAGCACCGUGGAGAAGAAAAAGAAAGACCAUACAAUUACAAUUACCCUAGGAGAGGCCAACUAUACACUCUCAUUUGACAAAACAGAUAAGUAUGAAGAGGUGGCACUUGGAUUUGUAAAAGAAAACAAUUUGGGCACAGAAUACAUUCCAGAAAUUGUUGAGUUUUUAGACAAGAACUUUGGAAAUAAGAAGAAAAGAGACGUGUCGAAAUACUUUAUGUAUGAUACGAUUGACCUUGAUAUUGUUGGAAAAAAGAUUCAGCCACUUCCUAACAGCAGCACUGUAAUUGAAUUUCUGCAGGGCAUAAAGAAUGGAAAGUCCUCCCAGCAUAAUGAGUCAGAUGUAGAGGUAAUUCUAAGCGAAUGGAUGGAAAUGGGAACAGAAAAAGUAGCAGUUCUUGAUGUGUAUAAGUACUUAAUUGCUAAAGGUGUAGACAUAAAUUUGUCAUUCUUAAAACACAUAGACCCAUUUUUUUGUAAAAAAGUAGCUCUUGUCUUUUCUCUUAUUUCUACAAAUGUGCUAGCCAUGCGCCCAGAGUGCAAGUCACUGGUUGACAAUACAAUGACAAAAAUAAUUGACAAGCAAUUAGUAAAUUCUAAAGUUCUUCAGAACUACAAAAACAACAGAAGGCUUUAAAAUAAAAUAAUUAACAAAUGAAUAAAAAUC